AAUGCAUCACGUCAUAACUAAAUUUAAAAAUCUGAAUAAAUCAAAUAACAACAAAAUUACAAUAAAGUUCAAGGAAAACUUCUUUUUAAAAAGUAAAAUCAAUAAAUUCGAGAUGUCAAUUUGACGUUUCGCAGUAGUUGGAGGUUAUGUUCAUUUCAUGGUUAAUAAAAAUAAUUACUAAUUAUUAAAAAAAUAUGACCGGACGUGCUAAAGUUGUAACUUUACGUAUAGAAGCGGAAAUCGAAAAGAAUAGGGAAGAAUCAAAUUGGUCGAAAGUAAUAGAAUUAGCUGAACAGCUCAGAGAAAAAUCCCCCGAAUAUGAAUAUUUAUCACAAUUUUUAAUUGGUGAGGGUCGUUUAGAAAGUUAUUUAGAAGAAUGGGCCCCAAUCGAAACAAACGUAAACAAGGCGAAAUUAAACCUUAUGGAAGCAAGAAGAAAUUUACAAAUUGCUUCUGAUGAGAAAGGAAAGAAAGCGGGGGUCGCUUUAGAUGCACACUUAUUACUUGGAAAACUUUAUUUCGCUUGUGGACAAUACGAACAGAGUUUAAACAGUUAUAAAUUAGCAGAAUUAAAUUCAUUAUCAGAAAAAAAGCUUCCUUUACGUAGUUUAAAAAUUGUUGCUGAAUCUUUUGCUAUUAAAGGAUUAUGUUUAAAUAGAAAUCAAACUGCUUUAUCGAAAUUUAAACAAGCUGAACAAGACGAUGAAAUAAGUCAUUGUUUUGAUAUUGCUUCAGAUUUGGGGUUGUUAUAUAUGCAAGAAUUAGAAAAACAACAAACUUCUGCAUUAACAAGUGGAGGUACCAAUUCCCCAUUACCACCAAUAGUCCACAAAACCAUGUCUUUAGUACUCGAACAAGCUCUACAAGAAUCUCCAGUAAUACUCCUUCGUAAAAAUACCCCGUUAGAUGCUAUAGAACGUUACCGAUCUUCUCUAAUGGCAGUUGAAAGCCAAGGAGUACACACAGCACGUUUAAAAUUGCUUUGUCAUCUCGCCGAAUUAUUUCUACAAGGUUUUAACGAUUUAGAUUACAAGCAACCGGGGGCUUUUAAUCGGGAUUCAGCGUGGAAGCCAAAACAGUACUCAAACCUAAAUCAGUUUAUCCCAAAAAACAAGUACGAAGAAACGAUUUUGGUUCUAUUAAUCGCUGAGGCUAUUGCAGUUCGAAACGCGGUUUUAUCGCAAAGUCCCGAGUUUAAAGAUGCUAGGAGGAGCGCGUUUCAAGAUGCGGCCGCAGUUUAUGAUUUAUUAACUUUAGCAACAGUUAAAUGGGGCCAAGUUAGUUUAUUACAAGAGUCUUUGGAACGAGCGAUGAAAUUUUCGUUCGACGAACCGCAUUUAUGGAAACAACACGCUUUAAGUUUAAUCUCAAUGGGACGUAACGAACAUGCUUUGUCGGUUUUAAAAGAAGUGAUUCGUUUAGAACCGACGAAAUCGAUAAACAACCUUUUGGCCGCAAAACUUUGUUAUGAACAUUUAAACGACCCCGUUGAAGGAACAAAAUUAAGCGAAGCCGCUUUAGAAGUGGAAAGAAUCCAUCUGAGUGGUCUAUUGGGUCGUUGUCAUCUCUAUAUUGGGAUAGGUUAUCAAUUACAAGCUCAAAUAAAUAACAUUAAAAAAGAAAAAAUUAAUUUAAACAGUACUGCUUUGGAUAAUUUUCAAAGCGCUGUUCAAUUGGAACCUAAUGAUAAUUUAGCCGAAUAUUAUUUAGGUUUACAAUUAGCGUUGGUGGGUCAAAUUCGCGAAGCUUUACAUCACGUACAAACAGCUUUAGAUUUACGACCUGAAAGUUCUUCAACUUUACAUCUUUUAACGUUACUUUUAUCAGCUAACCGACAACAUGAAGAGGCUUUAGUUGUGGUUGAGGCGGCACUUCAAGAAUAUCCUGAUUGUUUGAAUUUAAUGUAUGUUAAAGCGCAUUUAGAGCUACAUGAAUAUGGUGGAGAUAGAGCUUUAACUACGGCUAAACAAAUGUUGGAAAUGUGGAAAACCCUUUAUGAAGGUCAAACGAUUUCAGACGUUCCAGAAUGUGAUAGAAAAAGCGAUACUCGUUCAGUCUUCCAAUUAUACACAUCGGAAAUGUCCGAUAAAGACACAAGUUCUUUACAAGCUCAUAGUGUUGCUGCAUCUCGAGUUGAGCAAGCUUUAAGUGAAGUUGCAAGUUCUAUGAGUAGUUUUAGCCCGCGUCCGGGACCACAAAGAGCUUGGAUGUUACUCCUCGAAAUUUGGUUAUUACUCGCUGAAUUGUACCUGGCUUUAGAUCAACCUGCAGAUGUUAUGAAAUGUAUUCUAGAAGCAACUCAAAUUUUUCCUUUAUCACAUCACAUAAUGCAUAUGGUAAAUAACUAUUAGAGAUGUUAACCAAUACUUAUUGUAACUGUUACUUUGGAACAAAUAUUUGUAUGUUAUUCUUUGGAACAGUUACUAAAAUUUAAAAAAUAAUAGGUACUAAAUACUAGUUUUAUAAACUUUCACAAAAUUUAAAAUCUAUCACUCUACUAUAACAGGGUGUCCCACCUAAGUUGUCUCGGUCCAUAGCCGAAUUAUGAUUGAGUUUUUCAAAAAAUGU